GCCAACGGCAGUCAAGCUUCUCUCGCGCAAAAGCCUGGCUGUGGAAAGCUCGGGAAUUCCCAGAACUGUCAACGAGCAACAUAUGUUCGGCCAGCUGGCAGGUCACGCAUGUCAACACGGCAGGUAAACAAACACCUGUAGAACGCCCGUCGAGGUAAACAAACCCCAAGCGCAGAAUCGCCAAACGUCAGAGCAGGCGCACUGAGCGACCAGAAGAGUGCGGAGAAUGCUUUUUGAGGACGAACUAGGGUCGUCCUCUUCCUACUUAAGGAAACCCAUGCAUCGAGCUUUAAGCUGGCCCAGAAAUGUCAGGGAAACGUCAAAACGGGCCACGACAGUGUAGAGAGAAAAGUUUUCGCUGGCCAACAACACACACACACCGAAAAGUGGUGGCUCGCGGAGAAAAUUAUUGAAAACUAGUGAAAAUUCCAAGGGACAGAAUAUGCUGAGCCGACCCAGUGCCUAGGGAAAAGUGAAAUAUAUACACAAUAUAGCAGUGAUCCAGUGCCGGAGAUCGGGGGAUAUGUUUGCGAAGGGCCAAGGCAGGUGGCCAGAACCGAGCUAACGGGCUAACGGGAUAUGUGUGUGGCCAGCUCGAGUGCGUGAGUGUGUGAGCGCCGCAGCGAAGUAGGCUACGAAAAACGCAUCGCCUGGUAUUUAUGUCGCGCUCCCGCUGGAUCGACCCCCGCCGUCAUCAUCAGCAGUUAGUAGAUCGCAAGUAUCGGGCCAUCCGGGGCAACCAUGGCCUGGCUCCUAACCAGAUUCCUGGCCUGCUGGCGCCUCUGCCUCGGCCUGCUCUCCGUUCUGGUCUGCUUGGCCCCGUGCGUCAACCUGCAGCCAGCCGAGAACAUCAACUACAAUCUCGUUCACUCGUGGGCCGACAAACUGGGCACGGAGCUGUUUCAUCUGGGCGAUUUCAUCACCAGGCGCAAGGAGGUUCAAAAUCAUUUCAAGGACGCGAAGGUGGUAUCACGGAAUGGCGCCUCAAUUGUCGAUUCGAUGGCCAAGGAAAUCGAAAUGAUGAUGGAUCUGAAGGUCAGCGCUGUGCGGCGCAUUAUGGACACGGCUGAGAAUACGGCUCUGUCGCACCAAAACGAUAUGGCGGACAAGAUGUUCUCCUACUACAAUGCCAAGGAGAUGCUGGAGCCCGGCGACCCCAUACCGCCCAUACCCACGCCGGCCCCGGACAUGGACAAGGAUAUUGGCGAGCCGCUGAUCUACGUGCAGCCGAAGGUGGUGGUUCUGGAGCCGCGCCCGGAGUUCCACAACACUCCAGUCAACUUCAGUGUCAGCUCGGUUCACGUGCCGGUCAAUGUGUUCGAUCGAGCACCGGAUGUGAUAAAAGCAAUUCAGUGGUCGGAGAAUUUGGAUCAGAUAUUCCGCGACAAUUACAAAAACGAUCCGACAUUGUCGUGGCAAUUCUUUGGCAGUUCGACUGGCUUUAUGCGUCAAUUCCCUGCAUCGAAGUGGAAUAAGGACGUACCGGUCGAUCUAUACGAUUGCCGCCUACGCUCCUGGUAUAUGGAGGCGGCGACGAGUCCGAAGGAUAUCAUUAUCCUGAUGGAUGGAUCCGGUUCAAUGUUGGGACAGAGGCUAGAUAUCGCAAAGCAUGUUGUCAAUACGAUACUCGAUACAUUAGGUACAAAUGACUUUGUGAACAUCUUCACCUUUGAUAAGGAAGUGAGCCCAGUGGUCGGAUGUUUCGAGGAGACACUCAUUCAAGCGAAUCUGGGCAACAUACGUGAACUGAAAGAAGGGAUUGAAUCGUUUAAGCCCAAAUCGAUUGCCAAUUAUACCGCUGCAUUGACAAAGGCAUUCGAGAUAUUGGAAGAUACCAAGUCGACGUCGCGCGGGGCGCAGUGCAAUCAGGCGAUCAUGAUCAUUGGCGACGGGGCGCCGGAGAACAAUCGCGAGGUCUUCGAGUUGCACAAUUGGCGUGACCCGCCGUACAAGCCGGUCCGUGUGUUCACCUACCUGAUUGGCAAAGAGGUGGCUAAUUGGGAUGAUAUACGGUGGAUGGCGUGCGAGAAUCAGGGCUACUAUGUCCACCUCAGCGACACCGCCGAGGUGCGCGAGAUGGUCUUAAAUUACAUUCCAGUUAUGGCCCGUCCCCUGGUCUUGGGUAGGCACGAUCAUCCGGUGAUUUGGUCCCAGGUCUAUGCGGACAUCGAGGACACCAAGCUCUCCGACUAUUUGUGGGACAUCAAUCAGUGCGAGUACCAAAAAGCGGAUGUCCUAGAAUACUGGCAGGUGCACGACCGAAUGCUGGAGCCCAGCGAGAUGCACCGACGGAAGUACAGACGAAUGAAGGAGACCUGGAACCAGCCUGUGGACUCGAAUGUUUACCAGUUCAUGACCACCGUCUCGAUGCCCAUCUACGACCGACGUGAGAACGCGAAUAUCACCGAAGAAGUUUUAAUAAAUGAAGCACUCUGGGAAUUGCAAACACGUGAGACAAGAAUUGCCAACAUCCUGGGCGUGGCCGGCACGGAUGUGCCCAUCAAUGAAAUUAAAAAGCUGCUGUCGCCGUUCACGCUUGGCGUGAAUGGCUAUGCGUUUAUAGUAACCAACAACGGUUAUAUACUAUUCCAUCCAGACUUUCGUCCAAUUUUCCAAGGCUACAUAUUGAAGCCUUCGUACAAUAGCGUUGACAUGAUUGAAGUCGAGCUGUUGGAUGACGAUCGACCCGCCAGAGACUUUAAUCCAGUGCUGAUGACGAUAAGAGAUUCUAUAAUCAAUCAAUCAACAGGCAGCAAAUGGAUGUUGGUGAAGAAUCAUUUCGAUGAAAUGAAACGGGUGACUCGCAUAAAGCGCCAAUAUUACUGGACGGCCAUCAAGAAGACACCUUUCACUCUGGUCAUUUCCUAUCCGGAGCAGUAUGGUGUCAGUCGCUUGGACAUUCGUACCGAUCAGGAGAUCCAUCGCAUGAAUGUCGAGGGCACGAAUUUGCGCAGCUUUUUUGCUGGCAAGAAAUGGAAAAUCCACCCAGAUUGGCUAUUCUGCAAGCACAGCAACAGGACAUUCAAGACGCCAGAGAUAGAACUCCUGUACUUUCUCGAGCGCAUGUCUGAGCCUGGCUGGCGGUGGCCGGGAAGCCGGAGUGCUAUGCCCCCAGAGCACGCUGCUGCCAUGUUCUCUAACAACUCAUCAACUGGCCGCUAUCCAUCAAUCAAUGAAAAAGAAAGCUACUAUUGCGAUCGGCAGCUGAUGCAGGCCCUCGUUUUUGAUGCCCACGCCACCGACUGGUACGCCAAUACCACCAGCUUCAUGGAGGACAAGAUCACCACAAGCGCAUCAAGCCCAAUAGCCGUUCUAAUGGGUUUGUUGCCAAGGCACGAGUUCAAGCAGCGAUUCGGAGUCACUGUCGCCUUCUUGGCCACCCACAGCGGCCUCACCCGCUGGCACGAGUUCCACUCGAACAACGCCGAAGAAUCUGGGGCUGGCGAGACAUUCAGCAAAAACAACACCCGGGCCAUCGACGAGAUUUGGUACAAGCGCGCCGUCGACCAGCAUUUUGUGCGGGACGAAAGCUUCGUCUACUCGGUGCCCUUCGAUGCGGGUGAGAGCAAUUCGGAAAUCCUGGUCACGGCCAGUCAUGCCGUCUUUCACAGCGAAGGGGGCAAGUCGGCACCUGCUGCAGUUGUUGGCUUCCAGUUUCAGCACUCGGCACUCUACAAACUCUUCCACAACAUCACCGGCAAUGCCUGUGCCGUGGAUGACAAAGACUGCUACAUACUGGACAACAAUGGCUAUGUGGUCAUCUCCACCCGCGUCCACGAGACGGGAAGAUUCUUCGGGGAGGUAAACGGAGCGAUCAUGAAGCGGCUGCUGGAGGAGAAUGUGUACAGGAAGGUUGUUGUCUACGAUUACCAGGCGGUUUGCUUCGAGUCCAAGAACGACAACAAUGCCUCUAGCAUGUUGCUUUCGCCGCUGUUCCAUCUACUGCGCGUGGGCAAAUGGCUGCUGCAUACGGCGCUGUGGUAUAUUGUACAACUGUUGCAGUGGGCGCCGGGAGUGUCCAGCCACUAUGCGGACAUGUACGGCGACUCCAAUGAUACAGAGCCACCGCCGGCGCCGCCGCCGGAGCCGGAGCGCCAUGCCCACGGCAAUGGCAAUGGGGGCCAUGGGAAGAAAAACGACGAUGAUCACUGGCUGCGGUAUCUGACACUCCACCGAACGCGGCUCAAGCCCUGCGAUAUGAAGCGUGAGCUGUACACGCUGUUUAACGAGAAGGACAACGUUGUCUACAAUAUGACAGCCCAUGCAUGUGAGCGGCCAUUUGUCGUCCUGCCCAUUCCGCUGAGUAACCUCAUUCUGCUGGUCAUCGACCAGAUGUGUCCGCGGGACGCCACGCUCGUCCUGACAGUCAAUCCGCAGCAUAUCGACUACCACUUGUCGAUCAACGACUCGCUGGCUUGCUUCAAGCAGGCCCGGGAGUUCAAUCGCGUGCGACCCCAGAGCUGCAUCAGUCGGCAUGCGAACGAGAGCAGCAUCAAGCUGUGCGGCAAGGCCUGCUCCGUAUACGCGAAUCUGGGGCUCCUGCUCCUCUGCCACAUACUGAGUCGCUGGCUGUAACGGCGGCCCACAAUGGGAUUAGCUUAGAUCUAGGCAAUAUAUGUUUUUGUAUUAUAUACGGAAGGGCCAUCCGAGGGAGAUGGAAAUUUUUUACUCUAACGCUUGAGCGCAGUUCAAUAUUUUUCGGUCACCUAGAGAAACUUUUCCAAAUUAGACCUUAAGUAGCUAAAUACAAGUAUCCGUUUCGACCUCUGCGUUUGCUGUUGAAAGCGGAACGACACAGUGAACACGGACAGUGUGCGCCGGCGGGCUGGGCUUAUGGUAGACCUUCCAAUAGACAGGACAGAAUAUAUAUAUUAUAUAUGUAUUUAUUGUGUACAUGAAACUGAAACAAAAAUUCCAACAACGGCCUUAAACGACUCGCAACCAGAUCUGAUAAGCUGAAAUAAGCCCAGAGCCCAGCGAGGUGACUAAAGUUAUGGCACACACUGUACCACCAUAAAUGCCGACUACUGCCCAUGGUUAAGUGUGCCUGUGUGAUAGUAUGCGCGAGUGUGUGUGCGCGUGAAUGUGUGCAGGUGUGAGGUGUGGGGUGUGCAUGUUAAUCCUAAUCUAAGAUGGCCACAUUUGUAAGUAACACUUAGCUACGAGUUUAUGUUUAAAGAACGGAUCAAGGAAACCUAUCGGUGGUGUAAAGGCGAUGAAUUAAUAAUGGAACCAUUUAAUUAUAUAUAUACACACACAAACACACAUUAUAUACGAUAUAUACAUACAUACCUACGAGUACUACGCCCAGUACCAACAAACCAUACAUGCUAGCUAAUUUAAGUAGCUUUUGUAUAUUUGCUUAGCUUAGCCCGGCGAAAAACCGAACCGAAACUAACCGAAACAGAAAAGAUUAGCCUUGGAGAAAACUACAUACUUUUAUAGACAAAUUCGUUAAAGGAUGGGAAACCACUAAGACAGAAACGGAAACCAAAUCUAAACGCAUUGUUUUUUAUAUACAUACACUGAUGAUGACGAUACCUAGCAUUACCCACAAGUACCUACAUAUUUGAGAAGAAACUACAAAAACCAAAAAGACAAAGAAAAGAAAAGCAAAAAUGAUAAAUCAACUUUUUAUUACUAAAAAUACUACUUGAUACGAGCCACAGAACUGAGCCGAGAACGGAGACGAUUGAGUAACAAAAACAAGCAAGUAAACAGCAUCUAGUGACUAAAUUAUUAUUAAUACUACAAUUAAACAUUGACUAGUUGAAAUUUAUACCAAGACAAACUCGAACGACAUCUUAAAGGCAAAACUCUCAGCCGAGGGAUAGAGAGGAUCUCUGGAGCAGAACUUGCUAAGCUUUAGCCCCCUAUGUCGCCCAUGGUAGUGUAAUCAACUUGUGCCAUUCGAACUGCCUAGAAUUUGUUAUUAACUAUUUAAUACUAAAACUCAUUACGCGUUUUUAGAUGCGACUAACCACUGAACUCUGUUAAUCCUCUCGCAGGUUGUUUCCAUUCCUUAUUCAUUUUGUAUAUUCAGAUUGACGAUGAUAUAUAGGGUAACGAACGAUAGCGAAUAUCAAACUUAUACCAAGCCUGCGCCUGCAUGCCUCUACACCGAUCUCAAUACUCAAAUUUAAACUGCAACUCUCCUCACGAACGAAAUGAAACAAAAUCUAAACGAAAAUAAAGGGAAAUACAAAUACAAAAUACACACUCGCUGACAGCCACAAUUGUACUACAUUACAUAAACAUAUUUCAAAUUCAAUCAAAUACAAGUAAAAACCAUUUGUCUAAUGUGCUAAAAGAAGAAACUGAUAAUAAACACAAAAUAAU